AUGGUGGCCCAGGGAGUACAUCCACAGCAUCUUCCAAGUUUGCUCCAAGCUGGUGUGCUUCCUCCUGGGAUGGACCUGACUCAUUUACAGGGAAUAUCUGGCUCAAUCCUGGGUCAACCCUUUUACCGUUUACCUGCCACUAGUCACCCUCUCCUAAACCCUCAUCCUGGGACACCUCUGCAUCUGGCAGUGAGGCAACAGCAGCUACAGUGCUCACUUCCUCCAGGCUUUGGUUCCCAGGCAGCUGCUGUCAGCAUUCAGACGAUGACUCAGAAUGUGCCCAGCCGGUCAGGCCUGCCUCAGGUGCACUCCCAGCUAGAGCACCGCCCCAGCCAGAGGAGCAGCUCCCCCGUGGGCCUUGCCAAACGGUGUGGCUCAGAUGUGCUACAGCAGCCCCUGCCCGCCAUGCCCGCCAGAGUCGUCAGUGUAGGUGAACUGGAGUACCGACAGUGA